GACCGUGGGUCGGGCUGAAGCUGCCCAGUGCGGGGCAGGUUUGGGUGGCACAUGGGAAGGAGACGGUGGCAGGCUGGGUUGGGCCAGGCCCGUUCCAUGGGGGGAGCCGAUGGAACAGAACGGCAUCACAAAGCCAUGAGGCGGGGGGAGCCCGGCGGACGGGACACACGGGUCGGGACACACGGGAUCGCGCCGGUCACGCCAUGGAACUGGAGGGAAGAGUUGGUGGAACGAUGACUCUAUUUGCUUGGAAAGUGUGACGUAUUCCUGCAAGGAACCGAUGGAGGAGGUGAGGAGCCACCUCCCGGGGCUCACGGGCCUGAAGAACCUGGGUAACACGUGCUACAUGAACGCGAUCCUGCAGGGCCUCUGCAGCCUGCCGCCGCUCGUCGACUAUUUCCUCUCGGGAAAGUACAAAGCAGCCCUGCACAAGGGCAAUGGCGAGGCUGCGACUGCCUUUGGCUGUUUGGUGUCCGACAUGUGGCUUGGAGAGUCUGCCUGCGUUUCCCCGGAGGGUUUCCAUUCGGUCCUUGGGAAGCGGUACCCAGCUUUCAGCAAGAGGACGCAGCAGGACGCGCAGGAGUUUCUGAUCUGUGUGCUGAACGAGCUCCACGAGGCUCUCAAGAAGUCAAGCAAAAGAAAAUGCGUUCCUGAUGCAAAAGGCAGCCGAGGGGGCGUCAGCGAGACACCUACGAUCAUCACCGAGUUAUUUGAGGGACAGCUCAGUUACGACAUCACGUGUCUGGAAUGCAAGAGCACGAGCCACCGACCCGAGAGCUUCACGGUUCUGUCGCUGCCCAUCCCCUCCAAGAGCGCGUGCUCCCUGCAGGACUGUCUCGAGUGCUUCUUUCAGCAAGACACACUGACUUGGAACAACCAAAUCCACUGUUCCUGGUGUGGAAGUAAACAAGAUGCUGCAGUGAAGGCCACCAUAACCAAGGCACCGCAGAUCAUGAUCUUCCACCUGAAGAGGUUUGAAUGGCAAGGCAAGCAAAAAAGGAAACUCUCAACUGACAUCUGGUACCCGCUGGGCGAUCUGGACCUCUCUCCUUACAGCUCCGAGGAGGUGCAGCGGCGCAGGGACGCGGAGUACAGCCUGUGUGCCGUCGUGAACCACUCUGGUUUUCUGGACGAUGGCCACUACACGGCGUUCUGCAAGCACUCGGUCAGCACGAACUGGUACAGCUUUGACGACGCACAGAUCAGCAAGCUCUCGGAUUCCUCCGUGCAGACUCACACGGCUUAUCUCCUGUUCUACACCUGCCAAAGCCUCCUCUGAACCCGUUAAAAACCUGAUAGCCAUGGAAAACCAACAGUGAGUAGGCCAGCAAUUAGAAUUCAUUCGCAGCAGUAGCCAAGUUCUGUUUCAUCAAUAAACUAGAGCAGUUUCAUUACCUGA